UAAAUACACUUGGUCCCGGCUUAAUUCAGGUUCUUUCCCCGGCAGUAGCAGCAGCUCCGCCUGGAAGCUCACACACAUGAUGGCAGCGCCGAAGAAAGUCUGUGUUAUUGGCUCUGGUAACUGGGGCUCUGCCAUUGCCAAGAUUGUGGGUGCUAAUGCAGCCAAGUACGACCAGUUUGACACCACAGUGAACAUGUGGGUGUUCGAGGAGACGGUUGGUGGCCGUAAACUGUCAGAAAUCAUCAACACAGACCAUGAAAAUGUGAAAUAUCUUCCUGGUCACAAGCUGCCCCCCAAUGUGUUGGCUGUGCCAGACUUGGCUGAGUCUGUGAAAGGGACAGACAUCCUGAUCUUUGUGGUCCCUCACCAAUUCAUUCAGAGAGUGUGCGACACCAUCAAAGAUCACAUUAAGAAGGACGUUGUGGGAAUGUCUCUUAUCAAGGGUAUUGAUGCAGGUCCACAGGGUCUGAAGCUGAUCUCAGAGGUUAUCCGAGAAAAGCUGGGCAUCACCAUGACGGUCCUGAUGGGAGCAAACAUCGCCAACGAGGUUGCAGAGGAGAAGUUCUGUGAAACAACUAUAGGGUGCAGGGACAAAACACGCGGGCCCAUGUUGAAGGAGCUGAUGCAGACCACCAACUUCCGUGUGACUGUGGUGGAAGAGUCGGACGUUGUUGAGAUCUGUGGUGCUCUCAAGAACAUCGUAGCAGUAGGAGCAGGUUUCUGCGAUGGCCUGGGGUUCGGUGACAACACCAAGGCAGCGGUGAUUCGUCUCGGCCUGAUGGAGAUGAUUGCCUUCGCCAAGUUCUUCUGCACAGGCUGCCCUGUCUCCCCCGCCACCUUCCUGGAGAGCUGCGGCAUUGCUGACCUCAUCACGACCUGCUAUGGUGGACGCAACCGCAAAAUUGGGGAAGCUUUCGCCAAAACUGGAAAAACCAUUGAGCAGUUAGAGAACGAGCUGCUGAAUGGACAGAAGCUUCAAGGACCAGCAACUGCAACUGAGGUCCACCAAAUCCUGAAACAGAAAAACAUGGUGGAAAAGUUUCCUCUUUUCACUGCUGUUUACCAGAUCUGCUUCAACAGCCACCCAGUCACAGAGUUUAUCAACUGUUUGCAAAACCACCCAGAGCAUAUGUAAGAGGACUGACGUACAGACUGGUGAAUGGAUGAAAGACGGAAAAAGAACUUUUACACUACAACUCAAUAUAGUGGGUUUAUAGCUGAAGACUGUGCCUUAUCCUCCACUUCUCUCUUAAGUCUUGAACAGAGGAAAGGGAGGGAGUUGCCUUCCAUCUACCUGAGCUGCUGCGUUGACCUACUAUUACUACUAUAUUACAGAAGUAAGCUCUCACUUACUCAUUACAUAUGUUCAUCACAGAUGUUUGCAUUAGUCUUCCAAGUCUUAAAAUAUUCAGGAAUUUGAGUUACACUGCCUUACACAACGCACAAACCCUGACCUGAAGGUUUUGAAAUGUUACAUCAUUUCUUGGGUCACGACUUGCCUGUUCAUUGGCAGGUAUUUCAAAAAAAAAAGAAAAAAAGAAAGGAAAUGAGCACGCAACACUCAUCACUCCCACUGAGUCCCAAGAUAAAACUGACUAUAGAGCAAGAUUUAUUUUGGAAUAAAUUAUUGUUUAUCAUUUA